AUGGGGACAUGGAACAUGGGACAUGGGACAUGGGACAUGGGACAGGGGACAUGGGGAGAUGGGGACAUGGGACAUGGGGACAUGGGGACAUGGAACAUGGGACAUGGGACAGGGGACAUGGGGACAUGGGGACAUGGAACAUGGGACAUGGGACAGGGGACAGGGGACAUGGGGACAUGGGACAGGGGACAUGGGGGACAUGGGGACAGGGGUAAUGGGGGACAUGGGGGACAUGGGGACAGGGACCAUGGGGGACAUGGGACAUUGGGACAGGGGACAGGGGGGACAUGGGGGACAUGGGGACAGGGACCAUGGGGGACAUGGGGACAGGGACCAUGGGGUACAUGGGGGACAAGGGACAUGGGGGGCAUGGGGGACAUGGGGACAUGGGGGACAAGGGACAGGGGACAUGGGGGACAUGGGGACAUGGCUGACAUGGGGGGGCAUGGGACAUGGAACAUUGGGGACAAUGGGGACAUGGAACAUGGGGGACAUGGGGACAUGGUAGACAAUGGGGACAUGGAACAUAGGGACAUGGGACAUGGGGGACAUAGAACAUGGGGACAUGGAAUAUGGGACACGGGGGACAUGGAACAUGGGGACAUGGGGGACAUGGAACAUGGGGACAUGGAACAUGGGGACAUGGGGACAUGGGGGACAUGGGGACAUGGGGGACAUGGAACAUGGGGACAUGGGGACAUGGGAACAUGGGGACAUGAAACAUGGGAAUAUGGGGACAUGGGGGACAUGGAACAUGGGGACAUGGGGGACAUGGAACAUGGGGACAUGGAGACAUGGGGGACAUGGGGACAUGGGGACAUGGGGGACAUGGAACAUGGGGACAUGGGGAACAUGGAGACUGUGGGGACAUGGAACAUCGGGACAUGGGGGACAUGGAACAUCGGGCCAAGCGACAUGGGGGACAUAUGGACAGGGGACAUGGGGGGCAUUGGGGACGUUGGAGACAUGGGGACAUGGGAAACAUUGGGGACAUGGGGGACAUGGAACAUGGAGACAUGGGGGACAUGGAACAUCGGGCCAAGCGACAUGGGGGACAUAUGGACAGGGGACAUGGGGGGCAUUGGGGACAUGGGAGACAUGGGGACAUGGGAAACAUUGGGGACAUGGGGGACAUGGAACAUGGAGACAUGGGGGACAUGGAACAUCGGGCCAAGCGACAUGGGGGACAUAUGGACAGGGGACAUGGGGGACAUUGGGGACAUGGGAGACAUGGGGACAUGGGAAACAUUGGGGACAUGGGGGACAUGGGGACGAGUAAUCCUUGGAAAGACCUUUAAAACUUUAUCUUUGUCUCUCACAUGUAUAAUGGUACACAUAUGA